AGGAUUGGACGAGACUCGAGAGUCAACGUCGAGUAUACGGUUAAUACGGCGGACGUUCUUCUGUUCUCGAGUCGAUCGGUCGUCGUCUUUACGCUCUCACGUUAAUUCGCAUAGCCUGGCCGCCGGAAAAUGGCACUCCUAUCCUUACGUCUAGCCUCAUCCUUGGCCAGGCAUCUGCCGAAUACCACGGCCCAGAUCAAUUGGCCUGCGAUUACCAUAGUUUCCCGCAAAUAUCAUGUCUCCUGCAGCCGCCGCUCAGCAGAAAUUUCUGCUAUCCUGGAGGAGCGUAUCCUUGGAACAGCACCAAAGGUGAGCUACAACCUCGUCAGAGAAAUAAAUUGUCAUGUUAUUUGA